UAAAAAUAAGAUUAAAUAUCACAAUUUUACUGAUUUGAUGACAUACUAAAUCAAAAUCAUGGAACAGCUUUUAUUAUUUUGACACAAAUUUAGGAGGAAAUUAAUACUUUGUCGUUUUAACAAUAAAAAUUCUUUCUUUUUAAUCCUUUAGUGGAUAUAUUUUAUUGUUAUCAGAUGUGGACAGGUAAAAAAGAAAAAAGUAAAAUAAGAGUAGCAAAAACAAAAAAAGGUAGAAAAGAAAGGGAAAAAAAAAAAGAAAAAAAGAAAAAGACAGAGAUGGUCAAAUAAGUCAUUUAAUCAAAGUUCAGUCCAAGAGUAGUCCAGAGAAUAUAUGUCACAAAAAAGUACUUUAUUAUUUAUUUAUUAAACACACACAGACCUAUCAGCCUCAAGUCCCAAACCUUCACUCUUAUUUUGUUUUCUAAUAAUUUAAUCCUCAUUUCUUUAUCCCACAUUCCAAAACCAAAAAAAGAAAAAAGAAAGUUCCAAAAGCCCCAGCAAAACCCACUACCCCAUCAUUUCCUUCCAGCUCAUAAUUUGAACCCAAGAACCGCCUCUCCCUUUCUCUCUCUCUCUCUCUCUCUCUCAAAAGAAAAAAGAAAUGAACUUCUACUACUUGUGCAAGUUUCAAAUAUUCCACUCUUUUUCUAUUUUGCUACUUCUUGUUAAGAGUAUCUUCUAAUGGCUAAGCUUGUCUACCAAGUUUGGAAGGGACGCAAUAUAUUCCUUUUUAAUGGAAGGCUUAUUUUUGGCCCAGACGCUAAGUCACUGGUUGUUACCAUAUUGCUCAUCGUGGUCCCUGUUAUUAUCUUCUGUACGAAUGUUGCAAAGAACCUCCUCCAUGAAUUUCCAACAUAUAAUGCAGGCUAUGUAAUUCUGGCAAUAGUAAUUCUGUUCACAAUCUAUGUACUGGUGCUUCUUCUUCUUACCUCAGCACGAGACCCAGGCAUUGUUCCUCGCAAUUUGCAUCCUCCAGAGGAAGAUAUUUAUGACUCUUCAGCCUCACUUGACGUUGGUGGGAGACAAACACCAACUCCACGAUUGCCCCGAACCAAGGAUGUCCUUGUAAAUGGUAAGCAUGUGAAAGUGAAGUAUUGUGAGACAUGCAUGUUAUACCGUCCGCCGCGUUGCUCCCAUUGUUCUGUAUGUGAUAACUGUGUGGAGCGGUUUGAUCACCAUUGUCCAUGGGUGGGCCAGUGCAUUGGACUGCGCAACUACCGUUACUUCUUUCUGUUUGUUUCUUCAUCAGCUCUUCUAUGCAUCUUUGUCUUUGCAAUGUCUGCUGUGAACAUAAAACUUCUUAUGGAUGAUUAUGGAACUGUCUGGAAGGCAAUGAAAAAGUCUCCUGCAUCUGUGAUAUUAAUGGGCUAUUGCUUCUUUUUCCUAUGGUUUGUUGGCGGUCUCACCUGCUUCCAUCUAUAUCUUAUAGGCAGAAACCAGACCACAUACGAAAAUUUCCGUUAUGGAGCGCGCAACGGGCCAAAUGUCUACAACCGGGGAUGCCUAAUUAAUUUUCUCGAGGUAUUUUGCACCAGGAUGAAGCCUUCAAGAAAUAAGUUUCGUUCACUUGUACGAGAACAAUCAUCAAUGCCACCUGUGCGUUUGGCACGAGAAAUAAACAUAGAUGAUUCAGAUGGUUUCCGUCGAGCAAAAGUAGAAGAUAAUCUGGAUAUUGAAAACGAUCUUUCAAAAAUAUCUGAGCGCCGCAAUGUUGAAGAGGCAGACAACAUUUGAAGCUGAUGGGGGCAACAUAAGCUGAAGUCUAUAAAAGAAGAAACUCAAGCAGAGCACUGAUAAGAGAUCAGGACUCCCGGUAGCAGAUGAAAUGGAAGACUGGGUAUUUCGGUGGGAGCUGGUAUGCUAACCAAGAAUUGAAUACGCAUUUGCUAAAUAGCAGGGAGUUUCUUAUAGCAAAAGUUAUACAACUUAGAGGGAAGAACUCCAUCACAGUAUUGUUUAUAUUAGUUGAUUUUUAUUUUUAUUUUUCUCUGGAAUUCAAUUUUCAUGCACUGGAUGCCAGUGUUGAUUUCUUUGACAAUGAAUGUAUACCUUAAAGGCUUUUUUGAAGUCUUCGUUUAGAUAUAGGUGAGGGAUUAGCUCCUUGGUGUUAAAGCCAUAUCUUUGGUUAUUGAAUUGAACUUGAUUCAUUUGGAAAGUGGCUUCCUUUUCUUGUUACUUGUUUGAAUUGAUGUUCCCCAGUUUGUUAGAAUAUUUCUUUUCAUCUU